UUUCUGAAUCUGAAGUCACAACUGAAAUCCAAAUCCGCGUUUAAGAGAUAUAUGCAAAUAACCGACACCAGUUUCGCUUGUCCAUUGGUAGAAACUUUGGUGCCGUAUCAUGUGAAGCUUCUCAAAUGUCAUUUCGACAAUAACUGCAAAAUUGAUGAAAUCACACGAAAAUUUUGCUCAAAGUGUCGAUUAGAUAAAUGCCUGGCCGUCGGAAUGAGAAGGGAGUGGAUAUUGACUGAAGAGGAACGGGAGAUCAAAAGACUUAAGAUAUUAGAAAACAAAAAGAAAAAGGAAAAGAAACACAGUUUUAAUAGUAAUGAUGAAAGUCCUGAUUCAUUGAUAGACUCAUCACCGGAAACAUCGCACGGAAACCACAUCUCAAACACCAAUAAUAACACAAAUAAUGAUAUUUUAUGCGAAAUACUCGAUGACAACAAUUUCAGUGCCGAUGCUCUCAACCAACAGAUUAUGGAAAUAGAGAGAACUGUUUCAAAAGAUUUCAUUCAUAAUAUUGUAGAUAAUUGUUUUGAUAACACGAUAAAUGACCAGCAAAUUGGUGUAUAUAAUAAUAAUUGUAAUGAAAUUAAUUCACAAUCCGGUUAUGUGUCAAACGAGACGAUCGAAAAGGCCGUAGAAGAUGAAGACAUGCACUCAGCUUCUGGGGGCUCCUCCGUAGAGUUUAGUGUUUCGGUGAUACCUAUCGCGAGGCCUCUAAAUGAAUGCAACACUCGUUUCAAUGAAAUGGAAAUUUAUUUACUGAAAGAGAUGAAGACAUGCACUCAGCUUCUGGGGGCUCCGAUGAGCACUAACACUAAAUUCUUGGACACUAUGUAUGAUAUUCAUCAGUCAUUUACCACCAAAUAUGACACUUCCAUAAGAGAUCAGACAAAAGCUGUCAAAUGGUUGUCCGCAUUCAGAAAUAUUUGUUGUGAGGACCAGAUCUCACUACUGAAGUACGGGUGCUUUGACAUCAUAUUCUUGAGGUCUAUCUUGUAUUUUGAUUACACGAAUAAUACCCUCAAAGUUCCCAUGAGAGGCUCAGAGGAAGAUUAUAAUGGAAGAAACGCCGAAAACUUUGAUUCCACCACUUCUGGAGGAGGUCUUUGA